GGCCGCUCGCAGGGACCUCAAAAGAGGUGUCGGUCUUCUGGGGGACCAGCGGGGCCAUCCGGGUGGGUUUCAUUCCGGUUUUUAUUGCCACCAGUCCCCAGACUGACGGUGCUCUUCGCCCUCAGCUGGGAAGGGAAAAGAAGGCGGAGGACGGUCCACGACUGCUGGUCUCAGCGCUAAGGAGAGCGGGGGUCCAUCUCCGCGCCCCGGCUCCCACUCCGCCAAAUAGUUGUGUAGCCACCGGGACUGAACUUUGGACGAGUCGUCCUUUUUCUUUCCUUUUAAGAUUAUUGGAAGUGGUAGAGGGUGGGAGGCAAAGCCGAGGCAGUCGACCCUGCCACGAUGCUGCUGAAGAAGCCUGCAGGGAAAGGAGGGGCCCGGGAGCCGGGCUCCGAGGACUCCAGCUCCGCUGGGCUGCGUUGUGCCAGGACCAUGCCCCCGUGCGCAGCUCUGGCAGCCCUCUUGUCAGUUGUGGCCGUAACGUCUUGUCUGUACCUGGGGGUGAAAACCAACGACCUCCAGGCGAGGAUCGCCGCUCUCGAAUCCGCCAAAGGGGACCCUUCCAUCUGUCUGCUUCCUGAUUGCCUGGAUCAGCUCAAAGCAAUGGUGCAAGAGAAAGUGGAGCGACUUCUGGCUCAGAAAUCCUAUGAACAUAUGGCUAAAAUAAGAAUAGCAAGAGAAGCACCUUUAGAAUGCAACUGCCCAGCAGGCCCUCCAGGAAAACGAGGUAAGAGAGGCCGAAGAGGAGAAUCUGGUCCUCCUGGUCAGGCUGGUCCUCGGGGUCCUCCUGGUCCAAAAGGUGAUAAGGGAGAACAAGGUGAUCAAGGACCUCGGGGUCUGCCAGGCUUCCCCACAGUUGCUGCUCUGCACAGUAAUCAGAUCCUCACCGUCAAGGGUGACCAAGGACAGGCUGGACCUCCAGGCCCCCCAGGCCCUCCAGGCCCAAGAGGGCCUCCUGGGGACACAGGGAAAGAUGGCCCCCGUGGAAUGCCAGGAGUGCCCGGUGAACCAGGGAAACCAGGAGAACAAGGCUUCAUGGGUCCUCUGGGGCCUCCAGGACAAAAGGGUUCUAUUGGAGCACCUGGAAUUCCAGGGAUGAAUGGGCAAAAGGGUGAACCUGGGUUGCCUGGAGCAGUAGGACAAAAUGGAAUACCAGGGCCGAAGGGAGAACCUGGAGAACAAGGAGAAAAGGGAGAUGCUGGAGAGAGUGGCCCCAAAGGUGACACAGGCGAAAAGGGUGACCCUGGAUCAUCUGCUGCAGGAAUCAAGGGAGAACCUGGAGAAUCUGGCCGUCCAGGGCAAAAGGGUGAACCAGGGCUUCCUGGGCUUCCUGGACUUCCGGGGAUAAAGGGAGAACCAGGUUUCAUUGGUCCUCAAGGGGAGCCAGGCUUACCAGGGUUACCAGGAACAAAAGGUGAACGAGGGGAGGCAGGGCCUCCUGGAAGAGGUGAGCGAGGGGAGCCUGGAACCCCUGGACUGAAGGGUGACCGUGGAGACAAAGGAGACUCUGGAACGCUGGGACCAAGGGGCCCACCUGGUCAAAAGGGGGAUCAAGGAGCCACGGAGAUUAUAGACUAUAAUGGCAACCUCCAUGAAGCCUUGCAGGGUCCCCCUGGACCACCAGGACCUCAAGGACUACAAGGGCCAAAGGGAGAGCCAGGAUCUCCAGGAAUCCCAGGAGUUGAUGGAGAGCAGGGACUCAAAGGCUCAAAGGGAGAUGUGGGGGACCCAGGUGUGCCAGGUGAAAAAGGAGGAAUCGGAUUACCUGGAUUACCGGGUGCCAACGGGAUGAAGGGGGAAAAAGGAGACUCCGGAUUGCCAGGUCCUCAGGGCCCUUCUAUCAUCGGCCCACCAGGCCCUCCAGGUCCCCAUGGCCCACCAGGCCCCAUGGGACCCCAUGGACUUCCUGGACCAAAGGGUGAACCAGGGUUAAAUGGUGUUAAAGGAUUGAAGGGUGAACCAGGUCAAAAGGGUGACAGAGGACCCCUUGGUCUUCCAGGAGCAUCUGGCUUAGACGGAAAGCCAGGAGCCCGGGGUACAGAUGGCCCUAUGGGACCCCAUGGCCCUGCAGGUCCCAAAGGAGAAAGAGGCGAAAAAGGAGCUGUGGGAGAGCCCGGCCCCAGAGGGCCCUAUGGACUGCCUGGCUUCCCUGGUCCACGAGGCGAGAAGGGUGAUCUAGGAGAAAAGGGAGAAAAGGUGACCUCUCCAUCUCAGCAUGUGCCUAUUUGAUUUUUCUCAUGCUGUCUGCUUUGCUGUUUAGCCUGUGCGACUCUUUCAUACAUCUAAUCUUUCUCCAUCCUGUGCUCCAAAAACAUGCCCAUGUUUGAUCUAAGGCAUCAGGUCUUCAGAGAGGAAUGAAGAAGGCUAUCCCACUAUAAAUAAGGGCACUGUCUAGUAUAGAAGAAAAUUAUAAUCCCCAGAUAGCCAGGCUACAAUUUUUCAACUACCCGACACCAACGUGUUGAAAGAU